AUGGCACGCGCCUACAAUGUUGCUUGUCAGCAAUGCGGACGCGUGCCAGAUUGCGGCUGGGUCUACAUCUGCACGCAAGACAAGGAGUUUGGCGGCGACCCAUGGAAGGGCAUCGCGCAGCACAACGACAUAUGGGAGCUAAACGACGACGACCCUCCUCACAUUCAGCUCGAGAAGCUCGGUCACAGCAAGUCCGUCGUCGAGCAGGCCAAGAACGGAGACUACACUCCCAGCCAGAUUGAACUCCUCAAGCUUCAGAAGCAGAACCUGCGCGACAAAAUCAGGGAGCUCCAUCCCGGUAAUCAGUGCGUUGAUGACAAGGCUGAUAAGAAACCCAAGUUCACGCUAAUCAGUGGUCGGGCUCAAGCCAAACCUCAGGAUGAAGAGGCGGGGGUCCAGGAUGUAGCCUACGGAGGUCGUCCCAAUGAAGUCCACCCCAACGAAGACAGCGCCAAUGAGGACCGGGCCCGCGAUGAUCGCCUCAAGGCUAUCAUGUAUCCGCCUUGCAAGUCCACCUUCUGUCACCACUGCAAAGCUCACUUCAGAGCUCGUGCCACUGCCUUGAUCGACGAUGCCAUUGAUUUGGCGGAACCUUUACAACUCAGCGACUUUGCUAACACGCCCAUCUCCAACGCGAACACCCUGCGCACCAUCGGCAUGAGGCCGGUGCCGCUCCAAAGAUCCAGCACGAUGCAGACAUUGGAAACGUCGAGCUCGAGCGACUCGUCUAACUCCAGCGACACCUGGGUUACCACUGCCACGGCUAGAGAGCAGGUUGAGCGCCAAGCCGACCUGACUGGCGCCUUCUACAGAGUCGAACCGUCUAGCGACGACGACCUCCUCGAGGCUGACUGGGGCAGCAUCCGCGACAACACGCCCGGCAUCCGCGCGAACGUCAAGAUGGCCGUCAAGGAACUGCUGAAGCCGGCUCGUAAGCCCUCUGCUGAGGGUGACUUCCUCGUCUGGCCUGAGAAGGGCAUCUUCGGCCCCAAGGGUGCUCCGCAGACGGGAGUUCAUGGUUCUCGAAGCGCUGCACGGAAUGGUAUCCAUGGUCUCCAGGACGCCAUGCUGAAGGGUAUCCAUGUUCCUCGUAAUGCCACUCCGAAUGGCAUCCAUGUCCCCCAGGAUGCCGCGCAGGACGGUGACCUUGGUUUGAUGCGUGCUCAGAGCUCCCACAUGGACGACGACAUGGAUGCGGAGAGCGACGGUGGCAUCUCCCUGACCGAGGAAGCCGCAGAGACUCACAUCCCAGACAUCAUUGCUCAGGCUUGAAGGAAUGGCAUCUGCUGGAGUGAAGAGACGACACAAAGACAAAAGAGUUUACUUGCUAAGAUUGAAGACUACGACACACCGAGAAGGCUUACUUGCUAAAGACUAAGAAGGAGACGAAGGAAGACGGCUUCGGCGAAAGACUAUUCGAUGGACUUGCAGUACUUCAUUUGGUGUUGAGCUAGGACGAGAAGGUGUAGUUGCUUGUUGCUCUUUUACUUUCUUCUGUCCAUAGCUGACGGGCUUGCUGAUAUGCGGCU